AAUGAGGCAGUUUGACAUGAAGGAGGGAACACAAGUGCUCACUUUAGGUAUAUUGUCUUGAAGAAGGCGGAGGAGGUAGAAAGGAAGCAUGUCUUACAAAAUCAAAAUUAAAAUCACAGCAACAGCAGCAGCUUAUAAGAAGAAGAGGCUGGCUGUGAUGGUCUCCCCACUGGCCGUUUGCCACAGGAGGAGGGACAGGAAGACUGUGUAUGCAGUAAUGAAAUGGGAAGCUUAACUGAGACAGAAAAACACACCCAUAGAAGGCAAGCAGACAGCCGUCAGAAGAUACAGAAAGACAGAGACAGCAGACAGGCAUUGCUGCAUUUCCAGACUUUUUUCUUCAUUUUGGAUUGCUCACCACUUAACUCUGUAGAAAAAUAUCCACUUCUUGCUUCUUCACAGCAACAUAAACAACCUGCAGGGGUCUGAAAGGGGAGAAGUUACUGCAGUCUCAGUGGGUCCAGAGGACUUCAUUUGCCAGAGAGUUGCUCCCAGUUUUGUUUGAUUCUACGCUGACCAUUUUCACUUGCCUUAUUACAUUUGACCAUUCUUCUUGAGCUUGUGUGCUGCUGGGCACUGUGAAGGGUUGAGAAUGAGUGGACACCUGCGCACUGUAACUGCCGUGCUGGUCACCCUGAUGCUCUGGAGAGUAGAGCAAAUCACUGACGCUUGCAGCUGCUCCCCUGUCCACCCACAGCAAGCUUUCUGCAACGCAGAUGUAGUGAUUCGAGCAAAAGCAGUCAGUGAAAAAGAAGUGGAUUCAGGGAAUGACGUUUAUGGCAAUCCAAUUAAGAGAAUCCAGUAUGAGAUCAAGCAGAUCGGGAUGUAUCAGGGUCCAUCUAGUACAUGUAAGAACAUUUUUACAGUUCCUCAGACAUCUGCAUCCGGAGUGAGACUGAUCAGGGUAGAGUAUCUUAUACUCGGGAAGUUGGAGGGAGAUGGUAAGAUGCACAUCAUUUUGUGUGACUUCAUCGUUCCCUGGGAAAGUCUGACUGCCACUCAGAAGAAAAGCUUAAGCCAGAGAUACCAAAUGGGCUGUGAGUGCAAGAUUUCACGUUGUCCUUCAAUCCCCUGCUACAUUUCUGCUCCAGACGAAUGCCUGUGGACAGACUGGGUGACUGAGAAAAACAUGAAUGGGCGUCAGGCCAAGCACUAUGCUUGUAUUAAGAGGAGUGAUGGAUCCUGUGCAUGGUAUCGGGGAGCCGCUCCACCCAAGAAAGAGUUCCUAGACAUUGAAGACCCUUAAAUAACUUAUCAAUAACAACCUGAAAUGCCUGCAAAUAACUAAGGAAAAAAACAUAAAUAAACAAUAGAUUGGUCCAGUAUUGACAUCACUUCCUGACAAUAGUGAGUUGCUAUGGCCACCAGCAUAGGAUAAAAGUGAUGAAGCAGAAACCCUUUGAAUUAAUUCAGUGCUUUCAUUACUGAUCAAUUAAACAUACCUGCAUAGCUCUGGCAGUAUUAGCACAUUCUUGAAAGGUAUACAAUGAGACAAGCUUUGUUAUAAUCCAAAGCAAGACUGCAUAGUGUUUCUUUCUUUUAAUACUCCCAGAUUUUGUUGGCCUUACAUGCGUCCAUAUAACCCACAAAAUUCUUUGGGAAAUUGGACUUCCAUAAUUUUAUGAAAUAACCUUAGGCUCGAGAAAUGUAUUAUCCAUUGUGCAGUUUCAACACCAGUAGUAUUGUAUUAUUGCAUUUUGAUUAAUUCCUGGAGCCUGCCAUCUUCACAUACACAUGGCCUUCUUGCCCUCUUACCACCAUCAUAACUUUUUUGUUUAUCCGUCCAUUGAAUUUACUUUCCCUGCCUCAUGCAGGCACAGCACUCUUGUAAAUCAUUUUGUGCUGUUUUCAUUCUUUACCUAGUUAUUGACCUUGACUCGAGUUAGACAGAUGUUGUGCUUUGCUUUUUUAACAUAACUAACAUUGUGGUUAAGGGACCCAUUUGACUGCUUGUGAAGCAUUGCAAUUGCUCCUCUCUAUCAACUAGCAGCAGAUGACAGGCUGGACCAGUCUAUAAAACAUCUGUAACCAUCUCAUCGUAAUUCCAUGUAACAGUUUUAUCUGCUUUACUCUGUGGAUCUACUUGUGUCGCAUUUACUCCUCUUUCUCAUCAUUCCCUUUGGAUUUAUCAGCAGCUCAGCUGAUCUACUGCAUAUAUAUAUAUAUAUAUAUAUAUAUAUAUAUAUAUAUAUAUAUAUAUAUAUAUAUAUAUAUAUAUAAAUACAUAUACCCCCCCCCAUGUUAGACGUUAGAAUUGCACUUUAUGGCUAACUUAGCAACCUUUGAUAUUAAAUGAGUUUGUGCCUGAGAUAAUGGACUGGAAAAUCAUUUUCAGUGAGUGAUCUGAACUUCUCAUCUAUUUCCAUAAAACAUCUAGUAUGGACACCUCUAGUAUCGGAAUGAUAUAUGCAUGUUUAUAUUUAAAACUGUCCGUUAUGUUACUGCCAUAUGUGGAGCAGAACAGUACCCAGCCUGCUGAAUGCAAUGGUGCCAACUCCAUAUUAGCCAGCUCAGAUCAUCAAUGCAUCACUGACUUUGUGAUGUCGUUCAAUGUACCUAGUCAGAUUUGCAAAUGGGGUGCAGGACAUGGGUGGAACAGUAGCUCAGUGAUUAAGCUUACUGCAUCACGGAUAAAAGAUUCAUCCCUGACAAUUUGUUACUAUCUGUGUGCAAUUUGCAUUUUCCCUGUAUGUGGGUGGGUUUAAUUGUGGUACUCUGAAUUCCUUGCACCUUCGUGAAGCAUGCUGUCUGCAUGUUACUCUAAACUGCACACGUUUGGAAUUUAGCCUUGCUUUUACUGAACAGUAUCUUUGAAGGAUUAUUUUGUUAAUAAAUAAAUUAAAUUAAUGGGAGUGCCCAAGUCGUUCUGCCAGACUAAGUACAUCUUUAAUUUAGUUCCAUGCAUCACGCAUCAUAUUACUAGGCUGACAGUAUUUGUCAUUGACUGAAGCAAAACAAAAUUGUGAUAAAUAGCAAAGCAGUGAACUGUGGUGUUGUGUGCAUUACAACAUGCCAUGUACAAAUGUAGGUCAUUUAUUGCACUUAUGAAAUGGCUCCCCAUAUUCCCCUACCUCAUUCAACUGUAAACAGGACAAGGCUGCAACUUGUGUGUGUGUGUGUGUGUGUGUGUGUGUGUGUGUGUGUGUGUGUGUGUGUGUGUGUGUGUGUGUGUGUGUGUGUGUGUGUGUGUGUGUGUGCAUCAACAGUCAUUCACUUGCUGCAGACUUGUCUCUUUGUUUCAAACUUUUACUACAGUGGAAUAAGUAUAUAUGAGUAACAGGUUCACUCCACCAUGGUGGCAGGAGCUACCUGGAGACUUGUCUCUCUACAAAAAAUAUGUUUUUCAGCUUCAUCAUGUUGGAACUUUAACAGUAGUAUUUCAUUUGGUUGAAGCUUCAUGAAAGAUAGCACUGACAGAUUAUAGUGAAACCUUUCAAGAAAGUCAGGGAAUUAGAUUGCAGUCACUUUUUUCAGCUGGGUGAUACUUGUGAUUUGCAUUUUAUCAAGCCACAAUAUAGUUACAGUUCUGUUAUAUACUUGCAGCCAUGAUAAUAAUUUUCCUGCCUAUUCUGCAAUUAUCUUUUACAUGAAUAAAUAGUUGGUUGUGUGACCUCCCCCUCCCACCCUUGUCGCCCCUGGCAUCAGAAGGAGUUUAUAAUUUAAUUAUCCAAUCCUCUUGUGAGUUAUUCCAUGCACACUUAUGUUUGAUAUAUUGUAACUGGCAGUAUCUAGGAAAUGCCUCAGUGUGAAACUUUUAUCUAAUUUCUUAUAUUCCACAACCAUCUGAAAAGUACAGCAUUUGGAGCUCACCCUUUUCAUGUUUUGUACAGAUGAUGAGUAUACAUGGUACCCUGGUUGCACUCUUACUUCAUGCAUACUGCACUGAUGGCCAAAAUAUGCAAAACCGUGAGUGUGUCCUUUUUACAAAUAGUACAAAUAGCAGCAUAUGGUCUACUCUGGCCAUUCUUAUCUAUUGCACAUCUGGCUAACAGAUGGUUUACCCUGGUUAAACUCUUUUCAUAUACUUACUUGUCAGAUAGACUGCCACCAUUUUCAGCAUACUGUAUGUCCUUCCCUCAUAUAGUAUGCUAAUGUCCAAUAUAGGCAAUACCAAGACAUUAGGCAAGGGAGUUCACACAAAAGGCAUUUGCUGACAAUUAAGUUAUUUUAGUUUACAAAUUGUACACGACUUUCUGAGAAUGCAUGCUGUCAAGAAAGAUGCCCUGAAGUUUCAGUUCUUUCCUGGAAAUGAUUAUAAGCUUGGAACAUUCUGUUUUUACAUCCUAGCAUACGUCCUGGGAUAAAACAGACAAAAUAGAGUAAAUUGUUUUCUUUGGUGUUCUGCUUGCACUGUUUCUAAGUCAAGAAUUCCAGAUGAGAAAGAAAUAAAAUAUGCUUUCAUUUAUUUUUUAUUUUAUUCAGCUAGUUGUUGGACUGGACUAACUGACCCUCUUUUCCAGCCUUGGCCUAGCUGCAGUAUAAAUAAAAUGCAUCCAACAAAAAGUACACUCUCUCUCUCUCUCUCUCUAUAUAUAUAUAUAUAUAUAUAUAUAUAUAUAUAGAUAGAUAUAUA